UACGUAAAGUGAUAGAGAGAGAGACACAAGAGUCUCUCUUGCAUUAAAGUGAUCUUCACACACUUAAAAGUCCACUAAUCAAUGCCUUAACCGUAUUUCAAUUUAAUGCGUAUAUCUAUUUAUAAUCAUAUCUAUCUCCCUCUUCAACUAACCCACUUAGCCAACGAAAAAUGUCUGCAAAACCGAUCUUUUUAGCUUCCGUUCUCCUCAUCUUCUUCGUCUCUGCAACUCACUCAGCUCGUCAGAAGAGCGGUAACAAUGAUUUAGGAUUCGCCGGUGUACCAGGAUCUGGAUAUGCCGGGAUACCCGGAUUCGGAAACGGGUUUCCGGGAACCGGAGUCGGCGGUGGAUACGGCGGAGGCUACGGUGGUCCGAGCGGCGGGUACGGGAAAGGAGGUGUGGUGAGACCGACGGUGACUUGCAAAGAGAAAGGACCUUGUAACGGGAAGAAGCUGAGGUGUCCUGCCAGGUGUUUCAGCUCUUUUAGCCGCUCCGGGAAAGGAUACGGCGGUGGAGGCGGAGGUGGUGGAUGCACCAUGGAUUGUAAGAAGAAGUGUAUCGCCUAUUGCUAAUGAAAUAAUAAAAGUCCUAUCUUUAUAAUAUAUAGAUAGUCAUUACGAUGAUUAUAUUUAGUAGAUGGUCAUAAGGAUCCUUUUGGCUCGAUUCUAUUGUGGUAGUUUUUAUAUGCAUAAUAUAUGGUUGUGGUUGAAUAAAUGAGGAAACUUCACGGUUUUCUCAGUUUGUGUGUUUGUUACUUUGUUGUACGAGAGUUUAUGAUUUUUUUUGUAAUUUAAUCUUUAUUAUUAUAAUUUUGAUUGGAUGCAUGAUCA